AUGCUCAAUUUUGCUGAGCUCUCGCAAGCACAAACGGGAGAUCAGGAACUGCAGCACGUUUUCACAAGUGCUACCACUUCUCUUAAACUCCGCAAGAUUACGCUGGGACCGGACAACUUAGAAAUCUACUUCGACGUUUCGCAAAACGACAUCAGGCCUUUCGUGCCGGAAGCAUUCCGGAGGCAAGUUUUCGACCUCAUUCAUUCACUUUCUCAUCCUUCAGGUCGCGCCACCACCAAGAUCAUCUCGCAACGCUACGUGUGGCCUUCUAUGUCAAAAGACAUAACUAGAUGGGCCAGCACCUGCGAGCAUUGUCAACGCUCUAAAAUUGUUCGGCACGUGCACCUGCAUCCCAAGUCGUUUCUGAAUCCGGAUCAGCGCUUUGAUCAUGUCCGCAUAGAUUUGGUGGGCCCGCUGCCGCCUUGCCAGUGCUACACCUACCUGCUUAUAUUGGUGGAUCGCUUCACUCGCUGGCCGGAGGCCAUUCCUCUCAAAAACAUCACGGCCGCAAACGUGGCCACUCACUUCUACUCCAACUGGAUUGCACUCUUUGGCUGUCCCAAGUUCAUCACAACAGACAGAGGCUCGCAAUUUGAGUCUGUUCUCUUCAACGCUCUCACUCAACUGCUGGGAGCUCUGCGCUGUCAUGACUCUCUGGACUGGCUUGACAAGCUUCCGACGGUACUUUUGGGUCUUCGCUCAGUCUACAAAGAAGAUCUCAAGGCUUCCCCUGCUGAGUAUCUCUACGGCUCCACUCUUCGUUUACCAGGGGAAUUUUUCAUCGAUGAGCAGCAUCCGGAGGACCAUGCAUUCUUCUUAGCUACAUUCAAAACUCACAUGCAGCAAAUGAGACCUGUGCCGGCUUCCCACCAUUGUAAACAGAACACCUUUAUCUACAAGUCUCUCUACACCUCAGGAUCGACGAUAGUCUUUCAGAUUGACAUAAACGGUCGAUCAGCCAACGUCAGUGUGGAGAAUUUAAAACCAGCUUUCUUGCUUCGCGAGGAGCUCUCGGCGACGCCUCAGGCCUCUACGCACGACUCCGGUGGCUCUUCCUCUCCGGUGGCACUGCAAGCUCCUUCGCACCACCCUUCGCAGCAAGGCUCUGCUUCCUCCACAAAGGCAGAGCAACCUACUUUCACACCUGCGGCGCCGCAGCCUUCUUCUACACUGCAGCAGACCCUGCCUUUGCAGCACAACGCGGUCUCUCCACAGGCAAAUCAACAACAGCAGCACACUACCUCG